UUGUGGUGAGCCAUAAGGUGGAGCGAAAUGCGCGUCAUGUCGAAGACGAAAACAUCCUCUCCUAACGCCCCUUUUCCCUCUCUCCUCGCUCAGCCAAACACACGUUUCUCUCUCUCUCUCUCAUGACAUCCCAUCUCUUUCAUCGUCUUCUGGUGCUUCCAUUUCCGAUUCCAUCUUCUGCUUGGUGUUGUCAUCUAUGUCGCUCUCUGAUUCUGAGUCGUCUUCUCAUGGCCGCGAUGGAGGAGAUUACAAGUUCUUCCGCCAGAUUAGCCGCGAUCGAUUAUUGUACGAGAUGCUUGGAUCCACGAAAACGGGGGCUUCAAAAGCUUGGAAGAUACUUAUCAUGGACAGAGUUACGGUAAAAGUAAUGUCUCAGUCGUGCAAGAUGGCAGAUAUCACGGAUCAAGGGAUUUCCUUGGUAGAAGAACUUUUUAAGAGAAGGGAACCGAUGCCUUCCAUGGAUGCAAUCUAUUUCAUCCAGCCAUCGAAAGAGAAUAUUGUCAUGUUUCUAUCAGACAUGUCUGGAAGAGAACCCCUGUACAGGAAGGCAUUUAUAUUUUUCAGUUCACCUAUCCCUAAAGAAUUGGUGAAUCACAUCAAAAGCGACUCAAGCGUAUUACCACGCAUUGGUGCAUUAAGGGAGAUGAACAUGGAGUACUUUCCCGUAGACAGUCAGGCUUUUAUAACGGAUCAUGAACAAGCAUUGGAUAUUCUCUAUGUUGACGAUGCUGAGAAAUCUCGCCAUUUUAAUGUGUGUCUGAACACCAUGGCGACCAGAAUUGCUACUGUAUUUGCUUCACUGAAGGAACUUCCCUUUGUCCGGUAUCAAGCUGCUAAAUCCUCAGCAGCCCAUGACUCAGUUCCAUCAAAGCUUGCUGCUGCUAUUUGGGAAUGUAUCCUAAAAUAUAAAGCCAUUCCAAACUUUCCCCAGACCGAAACAUGUGAGCUGCUCAUUGUCGAUAGAUCGGUGGAUCAGAUUGCUCCUAUCAUUCACGAGUGGACUUAUGAUGCUAUGUGCCAUGAUUUGCUGGAUAUGGAGGGAAACAAAUAUGUUCUCGAGGUACCCAGUAAGACUGGUGGUCCGCCAGAGAAAAAGGAGAUAGUACUAGAAGAUCAUGAUCCUGUGUGGCUUGAGCUUCGGCAUUCGCAUAUAGCAGAUGCAAGCGAGCGAUUGCAUGAAAAAAUGACCAGCUUUGCAUCGAAGAACAAAGCAGCUCAGAUGAGAUCAAGAGAUGGUAGUGAAUUGUCUACACGAGACUUGCAGAAAAUAGUUCAGGCUUUGCCACAAUACGGGGAGCAAGUUGACAAACUCUCCACUCAUGUUGAGCUUGCUGGGAAAGUAAACAGAAUUAUCAGAGAAACAGGACUUCGGGACCUAGGGCAACUGGAACAAGAUCUCGUUUUUGGUGAUGCGGCUGCCAAAGACGUUAUCAAUUUUUUGAGGACAAAUCAGGAUGCAAGUCCCGAGAACAAAUUACGUCUGUUGAUGAUUUAUGCAACUGUAUACCCGGAGAAGUUCGAAGGUGACAAGGGUAUAAAGCUAAUGCAGUUGGCUAAAUUAUCACGGGAGGAUAUGAAGGUUAUAAGCAACAUGCAAUUGAUCGCUGGAUCACCAGAAAGUAAAACAAAAUCCAGUAGUUUCUCCCUCAAAUUUGAUGCCGGAAAGAGCAAACAAGCAAACAGGAAAGAUCGAACUGGUGAAGAAGAAACCUGGCAACUGUUCCGGUUUUAUCCCAUGAUUGAGGAGCUUCUUGAAAACCUUGUCAAAGGUGAACUCUCAAAGAAAGAUUAUUUAUGCAUGAAUGAAUCAAGUCGCAAAGAGGAGACUCAACCCCGAUCAGGAUCAGCCAGAUCGAAUCCUGCCCCUCCUCUGGCUCCAGAUAGGAAAACUCCUCAUUCUAUGAGAUCAAGACGAACUGCAACUUGGGCACGUCCGCAUCAUUCUGAUGAUGGGUAUUCCAGCGACUCGGUGUUGAAAAAUGCCUCGCUGGACUUCAAGAAGAUGGGGCAACGUAUCUUUGUAUUCAUUAUUGGUGGAGCAACUCGAUCCGAGCUCCGAGUAUGCCACAAGCUCACAGCCAGUCUGAGGCGGGAAGUGGUACUUGGCUGUACUAGCUUUGACGAUCCCCCGCAGUACAUCACGAAGUUGAAAUUGCUGUCGGAGAAAGACAUGGCAGGGGGUCAGGCAAGGCCCAUGGAUCCUCAAUACUGGUGACUGACUGACUGUAUCAAUUGAACCCUCGGGCCUAAGGGUGUGGGUGUGGGUGUGUCAAUACAUAAUAAUGCUUUUCUUCCUUCAAGCCCUUUAGGACUUGUCCCUAAAAAAAGGUCAUUAGUAAAAUCUUUGGGAGAAAAAGGACCGUUUGGUCUGUCCUUUUUUUGAUUUAUUGGUUCAGGUGUGGCCCUGUGUGGGGG